AUGAAAUGUGUUCAGCUAAUUUUUGUAACGGUUUUUCUGUUCAUUCACCGCUCAUUGCAAACACAUGGAAGUUCAGGUCGCACCAAUCCCACUUGUCCCGGUGAUGCUGAACAGGGUGGAAGCGCACCAAAAAAACCAAGAAAAGAUGACUACAACGAUCCGGAACACGAUAAAAGUGCACAGCUUGUCAUGUUAAAAACAUAUUGUACAAAUGACCUGCUCUGUUCCUACGUCCUGCUUUCGUUAUCGUGUUGUGCAAAAUUUGUUAAAUACAUACACUUGGAAAUGUUUAACGCAAUUGAUCACGGCCUGGUCUUGGAGAUACGAAACUACUAUCAAUCCCUUGAAUCAUAUAUUUUUGCCACUGAUCGUCGAAUGAGUAGCAGCUCUGUGUAUUGCGCUUUUGACUCCAAUUGCUCACUGAUACCGCAAGAGUCCAGUCUAAGACGAGCAUUUUUGCUUGUUUACGAGAAUAUUGUUCUGAAGUUGAGACAAGAGGACAAUAAUGCAAAUAUUACAGAUUUGUUUAUGUCGACAAUGCAAAAUGAAAGAGAGGUAUCUUACUCGAUCAUCGAAAUAACCUGCAUCGAUGGACAAGAAAAAACAUUUAUCGAUCUCCUCGAUGAAAAAAUGAGUGCGAUAACGAGAGCAUCAAAGAUAUUGUUAGUGGUAAACAAGACUGAAAAUAGACAGCUUAUGCCAGCAAUUGAAUAUCAACACAACAACUUCACGUACAAACUGCAAUCUGCUCUUGGUGCUGAGAAGAACAGCGGAGAACCUGUUGUAUGGAUAGGAUGCAACAAGUUUCAAGUACCAGAAAUGAACGUAGUUAAUGAAGAAAAAUUGAAUGAAUACAUAUUUUUGAUUGGUGUGUACGAACAGAUGGAUGGUGCUGAGAGACAAGUUGCAAAUGAAAAAAGCACCUUCAACACGAUAUCUGAGGAAGGGAAACGAAAGAGAAGCUAUAAAGGGUAUUAAGGUGUGUUGAUGUGCGUGCUGCUAUGCAUCUAUGCUGCGGCAUGUAUUUCUGGUGAGUGCCUAG